UUUUUUCCUUCUCCUGGGCUGGUAACCUGAAUCCUUGCCGAUGUGCCACAACUACUCCAGCUGUCAUUGCACCGGCUGCCUCCCUCUCGGUCCUCUUGCAGCUUAUGAAUGCUGCUCCCGUGGCUGGACGGUACCCUGGCGCCCACUGAAUACAUGGAUGAACACUGGCUCUACAGGGGAUCUGUGCUUUCUUGUCCUUUGCACCUCUGAUCUGUUUCUCAAGGAAAUAUGGUGAGCAAGGAGGACACCAAAUGCAUCGUUCUCUCAAAUUCAGAUGAAUCAGAUUCAGAGACGGUCCCAUCACACAGCCUUGAUGCACAUUAUGGAGUGGAAUCAGGCAAGCAGCAGGUGAGAAAGAGGAACAAGGCUUUACAAGUGCGUUUUAAGGAUAUCUGUGAUGCUCAGAACGAACACCGGGGAAGACGCUCCAGGUCUAUUUCUUGCAAAGUGACACACAGAAAGUAUAUGACUAUGCCUGCAAGACGCUCUAUUCCAAACGUAACCAAGAGCACUGGCGUCCAGACAUCACCAGACCUCACCAAGCGAUACAAGACUUUUCCUUUCGAGAGGAAAAAAGGACACACAUUUAAACACACUGCAUUGGUGGAAGACUACAGAGGGCAAAACAAUGGUUUUUUGAGUGAUAUAAAAGUAGGAGAGGAUGGACGAAGCCUGGAUGAGUCCUCUAAGUACCGGGGUAAGAUUGUGGGGCAGACAAAAGCAUUGCUUCACCACACUGAUGACAGCAGUGGUACAGAGGAUUUGCUCUCUAGUGCCAACUGUGUGGAUGGACCGUCAUGUGCAGACUCCUCGCAUCUCUCAGAAGAGUGUCAUCCAGCCAGCCCUCCUUCCACAGGUGAGCCAGAGUACCAGGUUUGUGGCCCUAGGACAAAACACAAAGGAUUACCCAAAGAAGAGGCAAGCAUGGGCACUUCCAGCAAGCGCCAGCUGGCUAACACCGAGGAAAUUUCACAGGACACCAGGUCAAAGGGCAUGGGUCCUGUUGCCUGGAACUCUCUGACACGGGUAGAGUCUCUAGGAAGCCCCUCUGCAUGCUGUAAACGGAAAAAGGCCACACAGCUAAGUGAACAACAGUCUCAGACACUACCCCAUAGUGCCAAAUGCUCUGUGCAGGCACAGGGAAGAUGUCGGACAAGGCAUACGUCAGCCUCUUCUAAAAUCCAGCAAACAGUUGGGGAGGACGAGGGCUUUCCUGCAGGAGAUACAGGACGCCCAGGCUUGGGGACUAGCCAGCAGAUAAUACCCUUAUCUGGAGACAGGGAUAUCAAAGCACAGCUCCAGGCCAUGGAGAGCCUCAUCAGCUCCAGCCAGGAGACCAUCAAGGUCCUGCUUGGAGUGAUACAGGAGCUGGAGAAGGGUGAAGCACAGAGGGAAGGGCUCUCCUACCGAACAGGGCAAGACACAGCAAACUGUGACACUUGUCGAAACAGCGCAUGCAUCAUUUACAGUGUGGAGCUGGACUUCAAGCAGCAGGAGGACAAGCUGCAGCCCCUGAUGAAGAGACUUUGCCCCCUGGACAGCCAACAAUGCCCUGCUCUGCCUUACUCCAAUGAAGUGUUCACCUCCACCCCGAAGCGCAAAUCCAAGACUGAGUCCAAAAAGCAUGCCCGCUGGAAACUCUGGUUCCUAUGAGGAGAACGCUGAGGCUUUAGCAAUGGCCUUGCACUGGGUAUAUUAAUGCCCCUGUUUUUCUCAAAAUGGAUGAAUGGAAUAUUCCACCCAUAUGAAUGGAUAGCGACAGAAACCAGUUGAACUAUCCAGCUAGGAUUCUGAGUUGAGACUGCACUGGAUGUCAGUUUGUGGGAUAGCAAAAACACUUAACAUUUACUUGUGAAGGUUUAAAUCCUGUCAAACCUUCAUUUUCUAGCAUGUUUGCUGGAGAGGAUCAACUUACACCUGCAAAAAACUAGGUGAGCCUUGGGAUACAUAUUUGUAUAUAUUUUUUAAAAUGUGAGACGAUGGAUGUUAUUUAUUUACUGGGUAAAUGCACCUCUCACUUGUUAUUUAUGGUUUUAUAUUGCAUUCUCCAAUGCAAUGCACUUUUGGUCUUUUUCCCCCCUUAGAGCAUAUUGCUUGGCAACAAGCGGAGCUGCCAUGUGGAGGGCCUUUUCUGAGUGAAGCUACAUACUUUGAAUGGACAUCAGCCCCACCUCCAGUAAAGCACAAACAUUUGACUAUUGAGAGGAACAUGCAUAAAAGACUGAAACACAGUACAGUACAUGACAGCAUGUCAGCACUGUUCCCACGUACCCAUCUAUUCUCCGUUCUUCUUCCUCAUCUGUCUAUGUUCUGCUCCAUCUCUGUCUGACUGUACGUCUGCCUCCCUACUUUAAUCCCCCCCCUCUCUCUCGCUCACUCGCUCUAUUCCUCUCAUCUCUCAUUGUGCAGUCAACCCAUCAAACAGGCAACUUUGUCUUAGCCAUCCUGUCCUUAUGUCUCUACAGCUCUGUUACACUCUGUUUGCUGCAAUGACGCCUAAUUUUCAAAAUCUAUGGUUCAAUAUUUGUCCUCCUCAUCUUGUAGCAAAGUAUUGUCACACUGAUGAAAUUUAAAAAAAAAAAGAAAAAAAAGAAAAGAAAAGCAAACAUGUUUUGCCCCCCCACCCUACGCCACCCCUUGACACAGGUGCAAACCCUUAAAAUGCAGAAUGGGUCUCAUGGGCUGAGUCAGAUUUGUAACAGCAUAUAUAAUAUUGCAUUUUUUUCCAUACAAGAGUUUCCAUACUGAAUUUGCUGCUCUUUUGAUUACUUCUAAGGCAGAGUAUUUUCUAUGAUGACUUAAACAGUGUUUUACUGAAUUUGCAACAAAAAGUAAAGGAUAUUUUGACACUUCUCUCUGAGUCGAUUAAGAGUUGGCCUUGUCUUUUGCUCAUUCAUUACCUCACUCACAGAAAAUGAUGUGUUGUAAAUGAACUCAUGAACUUAAUUUUUUUUCAAAGAGAAUAUGAUAAUUUUAUAUUCAGUUAACUAAAAGCACCGUAUGCAGUGCUGUGUAGUAAUAUUGAUUUAAAUUGCCAUUCCACUGUAAAUUACAGUUUGUAAAAUGAACAUUUUUCCUACCAUAAUUACAGAGCACCUGACAUCUGUCUACCAACCCACACAAGUGACUGCACUGAAGAGUAGAAGGGCUAAAUACUAAGGGAGUAGGGUAGCAGUCUUACAGCAAGAAGACUUGUAGCCACCAGCUUUGGUAAAAUGAGAAAAACUAGAAAAAAAAAUCUCUAUAUAUAUACCUACAUGUAUCAAUCACAAGCAGGACUUGCACGCGAUUCCAGCACAGGUACUUACUGAGUUCUUGCAACACUUUAAUAAACGCAGAUGUUGUGUAGGUGAUGUUCUGAAUAAAUGUCCAAGAAAAGUCAGGAAGAUACCUAAAAACUGAGCUACCAUCAUCAGAGUACAUUAUUAUGUUAUCUGGGUCACCGAUUUCAAUGCAAAGAUCUGUACCUAGAGAAAGUGCAAUUCAGUGAUUAUGUGCAAUAUUAUGCAUUUUUCUACUGUUUUUACCUCACAAUUAAAACAUUUUCAACCGAUGGUG